GACAGAAAAUCCUAUAGCUAAUCAGUUCUCAACUUUUCAUAAACAAAAAAAUAAUUUGUCUCUAAAUUACAUACAGAGCCAAAAUUUUCGUUCAGUGGCGAAUUGCUAAUAGCCUAAAUACCAUUUGAUUUGGAAUAUGCUAUCAAUAAAUAACUGUAGUAGGUAGCCUAUACUCUGACAAGAAUUAAGAGGUGCAGCUCAGAUUAAAUAUCCUGGAUCCAUGAUGGUUGAUAAAGAAGAUGCAAAGAGGAAAACCCAAAACUAUAAUACCGGUACAUCCAGAGAGAGUGGCGUAGAAAAACAUAUCAAAAAGAUGUCUGACCGAAUGAAACAAGUUAAAGCUCAUUUGUCAUUAGAGGAGCAAGAUCUUAGAGAGUUUCUUUUGGUACUCAAGAAGAAACGUCUUCAAGAAAAAUUAGUGUAUGUGAUAUCAAUAGGUACUAUUAUCCUAUUGACACAUAGUUUAAUGGCUUCACAAUGGUUGUUACCAUAUUAUUAUACUAUAAGUACUCCAUGUCUCCUUCUAAUUAGAACCAUCAUAUACUGGAAGUACAAAUGGAAUUAUUUUUUGUUAGAUUUCUGUUACUAUGGUAACGUACUGUGGUAUUUAUUUCUUUGGAUAUGGCCUCAACAUGGGAAUAUUUUUAUGGCAUCAUUUGCAGUAGCUAAUGGUCCGUUAUUAUGGGCAGCUGUUAUAUUUAGAAAUUCUCUGGUAUUACACAGUGUUGAUAAAGUAACAUCAGUCUACAUUCAUACACUACCAGCUUUUCUCUCUUUUGCAUUAAGAUGGUAUUCAGAAGAUACCUCAAUGAAAUGGCGUAAAGAUUUUGUACCAGAUAUUAAUAAUUGGUCUGUACAGUGGUUGAUAGUAGUUCCUUUUCUUGGUUUUGUCCUACACAGUAUAUUACAUUCAAUAUUGACCAGUAUAUUUCCACCACCUGAAGAAUAUUUAACCAGUUAUAAAUGUCUGACUGCUCAAGAAUCUAGUUUCAUGUUUAAAGCUGUUGAUUUAUUAGGACCCAACUAUAGAGUGGUACUGUAUGUAGUGUUUAAUUGGAUCUAUUGUCUGGUAUCAGUGACUUUAAGUAUUAUCUGGUACAACUGUUUCCUAGCUCAUGCUGUAUUUAUAGCUUUUAUCUUUUUUAUUAUAACUUAUAAUGGUGCUACUUAUUACCUAGAUGUAUUUAGUGUGCGGAAGAAAUCAGAUGAAUGAUGAUAAUACUCUAUAGUCUCCACAUAGUUUUAUUUGAUGUUAAAUACUUCUUCUCAGGGCUGCUUUUAAUUUGAUUAUACAAGUUUUUUCAGUUUGAUUUUGGGCAUUUUACUAACUUCUUGAGUACAAAAUGUUUAAUGAAUAUUUGGCUCAGGUGCCAAAAAGUUAGUGGAUAAAUUAAUUCUCAAGUUAUAUUCUGUUAAGACAGAAAUAUUGAUUAUUGAUGUGUAAAGAUUUACAGGCAUUAGUUUGAAAAGCAAUUUUGAAUUUGAAUACAAAGUUUGUUAUAUUUUGAAUUUAAGUUUUGUUAUUGUGUGGAAUGGAUUUCAUUAUUUAUUUAUUUUAUAAUUGACUCUAUCAACGAUUUUUAUAUCUUCAGCAUUUAACGAGGGUUUUCAAGUAUUGCAGCCAAAUUCAAUGAACAAUUUUAUUUUACUCGAAGUUUUAUUGUCAAUUUUUAAGUCUUGUUUUGUUGUGUGUAUUUAUAUCUUUAUAUCUCUGUAGUAUAAUAUAUAUUCAUUAUUAUCUUGAGUUUUAUGGAGUCAAUGCCUAGAAUAUAUUUUUAAUAAAAUCGAUCUAUGGAG